UCAAUAGUAUCCUUUUAUAAAUUCCAUUUGUUUGCAAAAUUCUCAUACCUUUUCAAAUUAACCUUUGCUUCACCUUCUUAGUACUUAAAACAAAUUUCACUAACUUUAAGACUUAAGAGUCUUUAUCUCCAACAAUUAUACAUCCACAAUGACUGAGAAUCAAAGGGAGGAGGAAAUACAUGUAGAUGAAGAAGAAGUUCAACACCUUAUGCAAAGUCUACCAAAAAUAACCCUGUUAAAUAGCAAACUUGAACUAGUAAACUAUCAAGGUUUUUGGCAUCCUCAUAUCUUAAACUACUUUAAGAGCACCCUCAUGUUCCAACGACAUUUCCAUGCUCGAAACACCGAUAUAAUCAUUGCUAGUUUUCCUAAAACCGGCACCACUUGGUUGAAAUCUUUACUCUUUGCUGUUGUCAACCGUUUUCGCUACCCGAAAAACCAAAACCCUUUGCUUAAACAUCACCCACAUGAACUUGUAUUUCGUCUAGAGGUUGAUGUUUAUGGUGAUGCCUUUGAAUAUCCCCGGCCUCACCAUCUUAACGAGCUUCCUUCGCCAAGGCUUUUGCAUACACACUUGCCUUACACCUCUCUUCCUGAGUCGAUUAAGACUUCUGCGUGUCGAAUUUUGUACAUCAGUCGAAAUCCCUUGGACACGAUUGUUUCGUCGUAUUACUUCUUCUUGGAAUAUAUGAAAAAUAUCCAAGGUGAUCAAGAUUUUAAUCAUGUUACUAUAGAAGAGUUCUGUGAGGACUUUUGCGCCGGAAGAACAGCCCAUGGGCCGUUUUUCGAACACGUGGUUGGAUACUGGAAGCAAAGCUUAGAGCGGCCUGAUAAGGUGUUGUUUCUUAAGUACGAGGAUUUGAAAGAUGAUACAAGAUUUUACGUAAAGAAGUUGGCUGAAUUUGUGGGUAUGCCAUUUUCUUCAAAAGAAGAAAGUGAAGGUGUUGUAGAAGAGAUAAUAGAGUUGUGUAGUAUAAAAAAUCUGAAAGAAUUGGAGGUUAAUAAGAGUGGAGUUAUUAACAAGUUUUUUGAGAAAAAGAGUUACUUCAGGAAAGGGGAAGUGGGGGAUUGGACCCAUCAUUUUACACCUUCUAUGGUAGAAAGGAUAAAUAAUCUAAUGCAAGAUAAACUUGAGGGAACUGCUUUAUCCUUCAAAAUGCUUUCCUCACAAUGAUCUUGAUGUACUUGUGAAUUUAUCCCAUUAAAUUUAUGCUUUCUGUUUUUUUUUUUUUUUUUUUUUUUUUUUGUGUAUUAUUAACUUUAUAUAUUGUAACAAGUCUUAUGCAAUUACGAAUUGUGUUGAAAGAUGAAAUAAGAUUUUUCAUUUUGAACAUACAUUCUUUCACUGUGAA